UUUUUUUUUUACUUUUCAUCAUCUCUUUUCUCCUACUUUACACUUUAUUUUUUUAUUUAUUUUUUUUUCCUAAAUAUAUACCAAGUAGUGUAACCAGCAGACAUGGAUAACCCACUUUUGUCAGUUCUCAACAACACACUCACGACUGUGUCUAGGGGGUUGCAAGCUGUGCCUGGUUCUGGAAUUGCUAUUGACUACAUCAAGAACUCUUACCAGAAUGAUCCCUUCCGAGUCGUCCUUGAACUCGGACUGGCCAUCUACGCAGUCAAGUAUAUGCUAUCCAAGAAAUAUCGCAUUGAUCAAAACCAUGUUCAAUUGACAGAGAAGGAAAUCGAUGAACUCGUAGCAGAAUGGCAACCAGAACCUCUUGUCCAGCCACUGUCGGAUAUUCAGCGCAUGGAACUUGCGAAAUCCCAAAUCAUUGUUGGAGCUCAAGGACCAAAGCCAAAGGUACUUUCCACUGGAAAGAACUUGCUAAACCUUGCUAGUGUGAAUUACAUGGGAUAUACUACAAAUGAGGAUAUCAAGAAGACGGCCGUCGAAACGUUGCACAAGUACGGUGUAGGUUCAUGCGGCCCUCCUGGAUUCUAUGGAACACUUGAUGUUCAUAUCGAGCUGGAGAAGGAUAUUGCACGCUUUUUGGGAACCGAAUCGGCUAUCAUCUAUGCUCAAGGCUUCUCUACCAUUGCCUCCGUCAUUUCGGCCUUCUCUAAGCGUGGAGAUAUCAUUGUUGCCGAUGACGGAUGUAACUUUGCUAUCCAGAAGGGAACCCAGAUCUCGCGCUCUGUUAUCAGAUGGUUCAAACAUAAUGAUAUGGAGGAUUUAGAACGCGUUCUUGAAUCCAUCCGCCUUGAAACAUUGGCACACAAGAAGAGACCUUUGACGCGCCGCUUUAUUGUCACGGAGGGCUUGUUCCAGAACUAUGGUGACAUUGCGCCUCUUGACAAGAUCAUGGAGCUGAAACAAAAGUACAAGUAUCGAGUGAUUUUGGACGAGUCCAACUCCUUUGGUAUCAUGGGCAAGACAGGACGUGGUAUGACCGAAGUGUUCAACAUCCAGCCCAAGGAGAUUGAUAUGAUUGUUGGAUCCAUGGCCAAUACUCUUUCAGCCGCAGGGGGGUUCUGUGCAGGUGCCAAGGAAGUUGUGGAUCAUCAACGCUUGUCAGGUCAGGCCUUUGUCUUCUCUGCAUCCAUUCCUGCUAUGCUUGCUGUCUGUGCAUCAGAGGCUAUCAAGAUCCUUAGUUCGACUCCUCAAGGCCCCAAAUUAUUAAAGGAUCUGCAAGCCAAUGCUUCAGCGUUCAGGAAUGUCAUCAUUACUGCACCACAAUGGAUCGAGGUCAGUUCCGCUCCUGAGUCUCCAAUCUUGCACUUGCGGUUCCCCAAGGCAGCCCUGACUACGGCUGGUGUCCAAACCCGAGAUGAUGAAAAGUUGCUUCUUCAAGAAAUUGUUGAUGAGGUGGCUAUUAAAGAUGGUCUGUUGAUUACAAGAGCCAAGUAUGUUGAACAUCAGGAAAAGUAUCUUCCACGUCCAUCGAUCCGUAUUUCGAUUUGUGCAACACAUUCAAAGAAGGAAGUCGAGAAGGCAGCACAGGCGAUCAAGGCUACGUUUGGAAAAGUACUUGGUCGACGUAAAUGAAGCGAAAGCCUAAGCUUCCACCGGUUGUUUAAAAUCUUGAAUCCUUAACAGACUACAAAAAAAAAAAAGAAAAGAAAACCUUGACAACAAACACGCUGGUUGAUUAGGCAG